UGCUGUUUCAACCGAGAUAAAUUAGUUGACGCACCCCCGUUCACGCUGAGGGUCAAAUGUUUUGAGGAUAUGCUGCACGUUUAAUCGAAAUGUCAAGUUUUUCGAGAUCUGCCCAGCAAUGGGCCACCUUUGCUCGUUCCUGGUUCCUGAUCGAUGCCAGGAUGCAGCCUCCUGGGAAGAUAGCGACCAUGUGUGCUAUCAGAUUACAGGGAAAACACAAGCCUAUCUACCAUGCAAUGAGUGACUGUGGUGACCAUAUUGUAGUAAUGAACAGCAAACAAAUAGCUUUCUCUGGGAACAAAUGGGAGCAGAAAGUCUACUCAUCACAUACAGGAUAUCCGGGUGGAUUCAAACAGCUCACAGCCGCCCAGAUGCACCACAAAGACCCAAAAGCUAUUAUGAAGUUAUCGGUUUACGGCAUGCUGCCAAAGAAUCUGCACCGUCGCACCAUGAUGCAGAGGCUACACAUCUUUCCUGACGACGAGCUGCCAGACGACAUCCUGGCCAACCUGACGGAGGAGCUGCCGCAGCCCAGAGAGAUCCCCAAGCAGCUCAACGAGUUCACGCAGGAGGAGAUCGACGCCUUCCCCCGGCUGUGGACCCCACCUGAAAACUACAAGAUGAAAUGAGAUCCAGGGUGCCCGACGUGACCAAGGCUGAGGAGACUUCAGUUUCACAUUAACUCAACCCUGAAAGCAAAAGCAUUCUCGAUUACAUUUCUCGUUAUGAUACUUAAAAUCAAAGGCAUUUUUAAUAGGAUUUGCUCCGAGAUGUUAUCUGUUCUAAAACACAAAACUGCUUUUUUCUGUUUGGAUUAAAUGUGGGGAAGUCCAGGAAACAGUACUGGCAAUAAGACUUGACUUCAACAUCACUCAAGUCUUAACCACGAUGCCAGAGACUCUGUGCUCCUCGAUACACAACAAUACCCCCCACUGUCAGUCGUAUUCCCUCCACAGCCGACCUGAAUCAUCAGGAAACUUCCCCGUGCAGCUCAGCUUUGAUCAGAGAAAAUAAGAUUCUGUGGGGUUUGCUCUGAUUACGCAACCAUGAACUGAUCAGAUCUGGCUAAAAAAAGAUGACAUCUGUUGUCCCGCCUUUUGGAGCUUUGUGGGUUCACCGGGAAACCAAUUAAUAUGUUAAUUAACAUCAUUCAGGCCAUCAGUGUGGUUUCAGGUGAAUAUCUUUACUGUAGUCAGAAAAUCCAGAGUCCCCUUGUCUUGUCAGUGUGUUGUGAAAGUUAGUGAGUUGAAAAAUAAUGUAAUAAACAAUUGAAUCAA